CACAACACCAAAUGGGACAGAAAUACUCUGGGUGUACAGCAUUCACGAAGUUAUCGGUGCGUUCAAGGACCAUUUGACAAACUACUGAUUGUCAAGGUACAUAUGACAAAAUGGGGCUGAAUAACGGAAUGAAUGUAAUUAAAUUGGUGAAUUCAUUGACCAUUUGGUAACUGAUAGAAUGAGUGCGUUUCACGUCUUGUGGUUCUACUGUGGUUGGUGGUGCAUUGAUAAAAUAUGACCGACUAUGACUCAGUCAAUGUAAGGUGGUUUGGGGUCGCCUUCGAUGACAUUUGAGAAAUUGGGUCCAAAUAUAGAGAAACUCGUCACGUUCAUGAAAUGUGUUUCACCAUAUCGACCACUAGAUGUCAGCAAAGGCUGAGGAAAAAUAAGAUCUUGAGGCGGAGGACAUGGAUGUCCCUGCGUACAUAUUAAUCUUUAACAUCUUCAUCAGUUUGUCAUGUGAGGAAGUUGCACUUUACACUCGUAUGCUUCCAGCAAAAGACGGAAUCAUACACGUCAAUGACAGCUUUGUAAUGUUGGCCUGCUGCUUCAUGAUUUUAACAUUCCUGGAUGUGUCGACCUGUCCCGGGAUAGCGGAACAGCCCAAGGUCCUGAUGGUGGCGCGCACCAUUGUGGUGAUCGGUCACCCACAAGCAGAGAUGACUGUCAAGUGUGGCGAUGAUGGCAAUGCAACCGGUGUGGUGGUGUACUGGCACACCCCCUUCGGACCUCUUUUCACACCUGGCCUCCACACCAAACAAGACCCGGUCCACAUGAGCCAGGAUGGCAGCCUGGUGGUCCACAAUCUGAGUGACCUCCACCAGGGUUUGUACUACUGCCUGCUGCAGCAUGAUGACGGGGGGUCUGCGCUGUUCCCCUACCAGCUACACAUGCGCACGCAAGAUGGCGGACGUGGUUCAAGGUUUAGGAGGGGGCUGGAGAAACAGGAUGCGGUUUCUGACGAGCUCUUUACGGGAGCCGUGACGACGGCUGUGCUGCUCACCUUCAUAUUCGGGUUCAGUGCAGGAGCUCUGAGCAGGACUAAAAUUCUCAGAUGUAUGAAGGCCGUCACUAAGCGUCUACCAUCACUGCGGCAACAUACACCUGACAUCACCAUGACACCGCUCACCAGCUGGCCUUCAUCGCCCUCCUCACCCUCAUCGCUGUCAUCGGUGUCAUCUCCACCUGCCAAACCUCAGAGAAGUUUCCGGGACAAACAGAGCCAGGACGAGAAGGAGGUGGACAAUCUCCACGCCACCUACCAGGAAGCCUGCGACCACGUGGAUGACGGGAAAGGAAGAAGAGCAUCUGGAGGAGGAAUUGUGGAUGAGAAAAGGAGGAGAUGCAAAAAGGAACAGGAGGAGAAUGUGCAGGAAGAUGGAUCUUAUGAUGGUAUGAUGGAUAAAGGUGAGAGAGGAGAAGGGGAUGAUGAAAAUAAAGGAGGGAAGAAAAAUGAAGACGACAGAAAAAACAGAAGUGAUGAAGAUGAAGAUAAGGAUGUAAUCAGUCAGUCUUCACAUUCACAGAAUGCUGAUCAAAAUCAGGAAGUAGAAUCAUCUUCUCCACACCGUCCAAGUCGGGUCAUCCGUGUCUAUCAGUACGACCAAGAUGGCCUCCGUUACGGCCACCUCCCCGACCCUGACCCAAACCCUUUACCCAAACUUAAGCAGCGCUCAGUCUCCCUAACCCACCUCAACGCCAUCAUGGCCACCGCUUCAUCGGGACCAAUGGAUCCCACCCCCCAAAAGACGCUCUUUGAUGGACAGUUUUGAAUCAGGUCAUAGUGGCCAGGUGACAGCAGGAGAUUCCACUGAUCCAAUUUAGAACCACUUAUUUUUACUUGUUCUUCCAUUUAUGAUCCUUUUGUCGUCCACUUUUGAUUCACCUUUUCAUCCAUUUGUAGUCCUAAUGUGAUUCACUUGUAUUCCACUUUAGGUCCACUUAUCAUCAAAUAGCAGUCCGCUUCACUUACGAUCUAUGUGUAAUCCACUUUUGGGCCACUUAUGAUCCAUUUGUAGUCCACUUGUGAUUCACUUAUAAGCUAUGUGUACAGUAUUCUACUUUCGGUCCACUUACGAUCUUUUUGUAGUCCUUUUGUAAUUCAAUUAUUAUCUUUGUAUAUUGCAUUU